CAGUACUAACACUGGUAUCAGAGCACCGAUCCUGGUGCCCUGAAUUCCACGCUUGGAGUUGCUGCGAUGAGGACGAGAAGCAUGGCGAGAGCCAAUGACGAUUGGGAACAGGAACGUGAAGAGAUGAAAACUCGACUUGAGUUUGCAGAAGCUCUGGCGAAGAAACAUGAGGAUCAAAUCGUUGAUUUGUUGAUGAAAUUUGGCUCGAAUCGUGAACAGGGUAGUCCGUUUCAGGAAGGAACUGGAAGUAAUGGAGGUCACAGUGAAGAAGUUCAUCGUAGGGAGAAAUGGCAGAAAUUGGAGAUCCCAAUUUUUGCGGGGGAAGAUGCUUUUGGAUGGACACACAGAUUGGAACGAUACUUUUUGUUAAAGGAGGUAACCGAGGAAGAAAAGAUGCAAGCUACAGUCAUGGCUCUAGAAGGAAAAGCGUUGAGUUGGUACCAUUGGUGGGAGAAAUGCAACCCUAACCCUAAUUGGGAAGGUUUUAAGAUUGCUGUGGUACGUAGAUUCCAACCUUCAAUGGUUCAGAAUCCUUUUGAGCAAUUGUUAUCCUUGAAACAAACAGGCACCGUAGAUGAGUAUGUCGAGAAUUUUGAAAAAUACGUGGGAGCCAUGAGAACCAUUGAUCAAGAAUUUGUGAGAGGAAUAUUCUUGAAUGGACUCAAACAGGAGCUACAAGCUGAGGUAAAAUUGUAUGAGCUUAACUCCUUAUCAGAAAUGAUUCAAAAAGUUAUAUUGAUUGAACAAAAGAACAUGUUAGUCAAUAUGAAAAAUGGUUAUAGUUAUGCUUCUAGAACUAACGGCAAUUCACGUAGCAUGCCCUAUUCUAAAACAAUAACCCUAGAAUCAAAGUUGAGUUCAGAUCAGAAAAGCAGUAAGUACUAUGAGUGGGACUGGCCAGAGUCAAAGUGUGGAAAGUGUUAA